UCCCUCCCCUUUCCUUCUCACGAGGACGGAUCCUGCCUGUUGUUGGCAGCGUUUGCGCAGGCGCAGCGUCACCCUGACUGAAGUAUACUCAGAGAGAGAGAUUGGGCGGUCUUUCGGAUCCGCCCCCUCAGCCGCAGAACGGUGUGACAGACCCGCGGCGAGGAAAGCGGGGAGGCGGCGUCAGCAGCCGUUCGCUGUUGUUGUCGUUAGCGGCGCGUUGCGUCUGCGCCUCUCCCGCUUCCCCCGCCCCCUAUUUCCUCUCGUGUCAGGGGUCGGGAGCAUCGAGCGCUGCCGCCGCCCGCCCCCGGCCAUGGUCCCUCGCCCGUCGCCUUGGAAGCAAGAGGAGUUGGGGCGGCGGCCGUCAUUGCCGGAGGGGGCUCCGAGGCGGCUAUGAAAGGAUGGACGCAGACGAGGUGACCAUCCGCGAGCAGAACUUCCACAGCCAAGUGCGGGAGUACACGAUUUGUUUUCUUCUGUUUGCUAUUCUAUAUAUUGUUUCCUACUUCAUUAUCAGAAGAUACAAGAGGAAAGGAGAUGAGCAAGAGGAUGAAGAUGCUAUUGUCAAUAGAAUUUCGCUAUUCUUGAGUACAUUUACGCUUGCAGUUUCAGCUGGUGCUGUCCUUCUUCUACCUUUCUCAAUAAUCAGCAAUGAGAUCCUGCUCUCUUUUCCACAUAGUUACUAUAUUCAGUGGUUAAAUGGUUCUCUAAUCCAUGGCUUAUGGAAUCUUGCUUCUCUCUUUUCCAACCUUUGUUUGUUUGUAUUGAUGCCCUUUGCUUUCUUCUUUCUGGAGUCGGAAGGCUUUGCUGGCUUAAAAAAGAUAUCUCUCUUUGGACUCGCUGUGAAUGAACUGGAGAGUGGGAGGGGCCUGACGCCCCUAGUCUUGACUUCAAAAACAUUCUUGCCUUCGGACGAUAGAUGGAGCUAUAACCUGCUUGAUGGCGUCCCUCCUAUGAAAAUCACCCUUCAGGGGAUCAAAGCACGCAUUCUGGAAACCCUUGUUAUGCUCAUUCUUCUUGCACUGCUUAUCCUUGGAAUAGUGUGGGUGGCUUCAGCUCUCAUAGACAAUGAUGCUGCGAGUAUGGAGUCUCUGUAUGAUCUUUGGGAAUUCUACCUCCCUUAUUUAUAUUCCUGUAUAUCACUGAUGGGAUGUUUGUUACUUCUACUAUGCACACCAGUGGGACUUUCACGAAUGUUUACAGUGAUGGGUCAGUUGCUUGUAAAGCCAACAAUCCUUGAAGACUUGGAUGAACAGAUAUAUAUAAUCACCUUAGAAGAAGAAGCCAUCAUAAGGAGGCUAAAUGGGAUGUCUUCCCCAGUGGAGUACAACACAAAACAGCUGGAACAGGAACUGAACAAUGUGAAGAGUAUGAAGACAAAAUUAGAACGACGGAAAAAGGCUUCAGCAUGGGAGAGGAAUCUUGUGUAUCCAGCUGUAAUGAUACUGCUGCUAACUGAAACGGCAAUCUCUGUCCUCUUAGUUGCUUGCAAUAUUCUUUGCCUGUUGGUCGAUGAAACUGCAAUGCCAAAAGGGUCAAAGGGGCCUGGCAUAGGAAAUGCCUCUCUGUCCACAUUUGGUUUCGUGGGAGCAGCACUUGAGAUCAUUUUGAUUUUCUAUCUUAUGAUCUCCUCUGUUGUUGGCUUCUAUAGCUUACGCUUUUUUGGAGAUUUCACUCCCAGAAAGGAUGACACAACCAUGACAAAGAUAAUUGGGAACUGUGUUUCUAUCUUAGUCCUUAGUUCAGCUUUGCCAGUUAUGUCAAGGACGCUGGGUAUUACCAGGUUUGAUCUCCUUGGAGACUUUGGAAGGUUUAACUGGUUAGGAAACUUCUACAUUGUGCUGUCCUAUAAUCUCCUAUUUGCCAUUGCGACAACUCUGUGUCUGGUUAGAAAGUUCACCUCGGCAGUUAGAGAAGAGCUCCUCAAAGCAUUAGGUUUAGACAAGCUUCACCUCUCACACAAUGCAAGAGACUCUGAGGCAGCAAAGCCAUCUGUAAAUGGGCACCAGAAAACACUGUGAAAAGCAGUCGGUGGAACCGAGCCCUUUGACUUCAUGACAUUCCUGUCACUUCAUAGCACUUGUUUUUGUACUGCUUCUACUUUGUUUGUAUAUUGGGUCCAAGUUGAUAAAAAAAUCACCCAUGAAAGCUGGGUAUAUCAGACUGUAAUCUGUUCUUGCUCAGAUUGAUCCCUGUUAAUUACUAUGUCAGCUGAUGCAGAAAUGUGUCUUGAAACUAGAAGCUGAAAUGAAAAUUUCAUUCCUCUUUGAACAGCCCUCCAUAUUACUUUAUCAACAUAUUAGUCCAAGACUCUUCUGUACAUAAAUACAUUGCUGAACUAUUAGGCUGAGAUGAGCCUUGCUAACUGGAAAUAGUAAACCCUCUACUAGAGUUGUUGUUUUUCCAGUCAGAUUGCGUUAUGAAAACUGACAAUUUACAGACAGUACAGUAAGAUCCAGGAUCAAUACAUUCAUCUGUCCAUCAGAUCAGUUUGCACCAUCAUUGUGUCCAAGUUAUCCUGGUUCUAAACGACAAACUAGCCUGCAAUUAUCACUAAAGAUAACUUCCUUUGAGUCUCAUGAAUUACUCAAUAACUUAAUUCCAGGCUGCAGUGCUAAAUCAGAGUAAUUUCAUCGACAUCUGAUUGUGAACAUAAUUAUGCAUUUGGGAUAUGUUAAUAAGGCAGUCACACCAUUCCAUUAAAUGCACAGAAAAUUCUGUUCAUUGCCUUCUGUGUAAUGUGUCACUCUUUUUUCAUAAAUAAUGAGAAAAGGAGACAAUAGCAUACAACUUUCACAAGUGUUGAUUGUCUUUAAAAAGAUUAUCCCACUCUUUGCAUGCCCUGGAUUAAGGUCACAUAAGUGUGUAGUCCAUUCUAGUUAAUUGGAGUAGGCCAUUUUUUCAUCAGUUCCUUUUAGUAAUUGAUCUAUCUUUUAAAAACAUGGAGUAGUUAGGCUAGCAGAUGAUCAAGUCCAGGUGUUUAAAUAUGAAAAUCAAGAUUCUGAUUAAGGGAUUUAGAUAUGGGAUUGUUAAUAAAGCAUGCAAUUUUCAUUGGUAUUAUACUUCUGAAGUUAACAAAUUUUGUGUGUAACGCAUAAACCUGAAAGAUACUACAAUUGUUUUUUAGCAUUCAUAUUGUAGAGGUGGAUAGAUUGUAAAGGCUAGAGUGACUUAGUGUGGAACUUGGCUGAAAGAUUGUAGUUCUUGGAUGAUGAAUUGACACUGGCCACUGCAUAGAUGAGUACAUUUUAUAGGUUUGAUCAGAUAAGAUUAACUGGAACUCCACAACUUUAUAUAUUUCACCUCGCCUUGAAAAUAUCAGUAGUAUAUUAAUCUCAGUAAAUCCAGGGCCUGUAAUUGAAACUGAAAUUUGAUGUGUUGUACAAUAUUGAAAUCUAGCAAACUAUUCUGCUUUUUAAGAACAUUACUAGGUUCAUUAGGGCUCACAAGCACUUCUCCCACUGUUUGGCAUCAGCGUAGAGUUCCUGGAUGUUAGACACUUACUACUGGGCAGCGCAGUCCAAAUGAUGGGGAGCUGGCAGGAGGAGGGAGGCCAUGGAGGAUGAGCUGGCGGAAAGCUCUGUUGCAUCCACUCCCUGUUUGGGAGCUGCCGGCCCUUCUGAGAAUUAUCUCCAUUGGCAGCUGGCAGGGAAGAGCUGGCUCCCACAAACAGGCCGACCGCAGCGUAAGCGGUUUCCAUAGGCCACCAUGGGAAUAUUUUUACUGUGCUGGUCUAUUAGCUGGUGAAAUUCUUGGGAGGAUGGGACCCGUGGGAAUGCUCUGAGGGGGACUUGGAUGUCAUGUAAAUCCCUCUCUGCUGUUCUUCCCUGCCAUGCCUGUAGAACACCCCAUUUUGGAGGCUUCCACUGGUGUACGCUGGCUGCCCAGCCCAGCAGAUCCCCAGCAGCAUGGCAGGGUCCAGGUGGUGCCGCGGCUCAGCCAGGACAAGUUCUGGCAGGUGGAGCCCGGCAGCUUUUGGAGCCUGUCAGCUUAGCCGCGGGUCCACCACAUCCACCUCCCCCCAGCCUGUUGCAAAUAGGACUUGAAUUGUGCCCUAGGUUUCAUAUACUUUCUUGUGCAAAGUAAUGUUGCAUUAAAUUUGCAAGGUAAUGUUUGUAGUAAAUGCAUACUAGAAAUUUUUCUAAUAAAGUCAAUGGAAAUGGCAAAUAGAACAGGUGCAGGACAGCACAUACAUUCAUGAAACAGAUUCCAAGAACUAGCAUAAAUUGUAAACUGUGGGCUGUUUGUCACAGUGGAAGAUGACCAUGUUAGGGCAAUCAAAUUAAGCCAGGAUAUAUGCUAUGAAAUUAGGCAGAAGAUAUCAGAUUACCCAUCCCUGAUCUAGGUGUUCCUGCUUUUGUCCUAUGUUAACUUUUCAUACCUAAACAGGAAAAUGGAAGUAUGUGACUAGUGCCAGUCCAGCAAACUAUUGUUUCCUGCUGAUGCUGAAAGAAUGUACACCAUCUCACUUUGUGAAAAUUAAGUAUACCUUGCCCCCAUUCCCAAACACACAAAAAUCACAAUGCACCACUCUGGGGAUGGAUGUAAUGAGUCACUAGAAGGGCGACAUACUCAUCACCUGCUUUUCUUGGCUUUGUCUAUGUGAAAUAGUUAUUUUAUCCCACAGUGCAAACUGUUUUACAAAUGAAGUUCUGCUUUCAAAUAUGAUAAAAAAAUACUCAAAAUAAUUUAAAGUUAUAAAGGCUUAAAUGUGUUUAAGUAGAAGGCAUUAGUAAUUCAUUGAUGGAUAUUAGCAAUGCUUUCCUUGGGGUUUGACUCGUGUAGAGUCCAGUGUUUUGUACCUUUAUUCAGGCACAAAAAGCUCUACUUCAGACAUCAACCAUCUGCCUCGUUUAUUAUGAGGCUAAAGCACAAGUAUGCUUUUCUUGUAAGAAUUAGGUAUACAGUAUAUCAAAUCAGACCAAAAAUAUAUGCAAGUGUCUUAAGUGAGCUAUUGUGUGGCUUUCUCCUUCACUGGUACACUAUGUGUUAACACAGUGACAAUUGUUGCAAGGUCUGAGCACAUAUUAACUAUUCAGCUUUUUAAGCUAAAAACAAGCAGACACAGAGGAGGGUUCAUUUAGAAGUGGGAUUCACUUAGAAUGUGUUUAUGGAUUGUAAUAUGUUUCUUCAGUAACUUUUACACAGUUGCCUGUUUUACAGUUUCAAUUAAAGGAUUUGACAAGAUGUUCUUGUACAA